AACAAAAGCGAUGCUUACCAUUAAUAAGAAGCUAUUUAAUUGAAUGAUGAGAUCAUUCCGUUACUAUAUAGGCAGAGCCUAUUCCACACAAAUUUUAUUCUUGUUCUUCUUGUUGUAGAAUUAGAUUUAUGGCUCUUAGCUGUAUUUCCUCAAUUCAAAUCCCAACUCAGAAAUAUGGAUCAUUUCUGAAGCACCCAAACAAAGAAUUUAUGUCCAAACGCAGCUUUGCCCCGCUGAAAAAGGCAUCAGUACUGAGGAUCACAGCAUCCAUCAAGAACAAGGUUUACGAAGAUCUCUCUCAGGGCAUAGUAUGCUACGAAGAUGAGCACGGAGAGAUAACUUGUGAAGGGUAUGAUGAAGGGCCUUGUUUUCAGAGAAUUCCAGAGCCUACAAAACAUCCAAGAGGUUGUGCUGGAUUCAGAGAUGCCCAGAUCACCAAUCUUCUUCUUCGACAAAGUUGGCUUCAGAUUGUGAAAGGAGAGAACUCGAAUGAUGCUGUUGAAGGAAGUUUGCAAAAGGACUUAAACUGUAAUGGCUUUAACUCCUUCUGCUAAUUACCUUAUUCUGAUCUUUUCACGCUCAAAGCAACAUAUACAGUGUAUCAGAAAUUAAGGCAUGAAUAUCACAACAUAUACUAUGUGAAUUGGAAUUCACAUAUGACAUGUGCAGAGGGUUUUGUUUUCCUAAUGCUCAUGCCUCUUGCGGGUUAUAAUUUGUACGGGUUCAUAAUGACAAUGCUUUUCUUAAUUGCCUUUCCUUUUCGACUACUUGUAUAUUACUAUUAUAGACUAUCUUAUCAGGUAGAAAAUUUAAAGGAAGAUGAUGAUGAAUUCCUGUCACAAA